GAGGCCCGAUCUGGAAGAAGAGGAGAAAGAAACCAGCACGACAAAAACUAGCAAACAGUCAAACACCUCGCAUCGUACUCGAAGCUGCCCAGAAAUCGCCACCAGAGGAUUUCCCCCUCGCCGCCGCCAUCUCUUUCUCUCGUCCCCCGUCGUUCGCCCAUAAAACCCUCGCCGACCCUUUGACCAUUCCUUCCAAGCUACUCUUCCUGACUUCCUGUCCAAGCAAAAACCCACACGUCAAAGCCCAACAAAACCAAACUGAAGCUUAUUCCACCAUCGAUUCUUCAUCCUUAUCGCCAAUUCGCCAUCGUCAGAUUCCAUCUUUUCCUCCCCAAAUUCCCUGGAAAACUAGAACCCUCUUUCCAUCAAAGCCUUUUCUCCAAAACCCAAGUUUAAAAACCCUUCCUUUCUCUUAAUUCCCCAAUUCUCAGCUUUGCCAAUUUCCCAAAAUGUCGUCUUACGGCCGAUCGUACUCUUCCGAGUCCUACGCGCCGUCGGCGCCUUCCCAGCCGGAAUCCUACCGCCAGCAAGAACGAGAUCGCGGCGCCAGCGGUAGCGCUCGGCCGCAGCCGAGUGGCUAUGGAGUUCACCAGAAUCAGCAGUAUCAGCAGCACCCGCCGGCGUAUGGGCAGGGGCAGAGCAGUUCUUCAUCGGGGUACUCGGGAUUCCCGCCGGGGACGCAUCCGGAUGUGAUUCGGAGCUUUGAGAUGGUGGAUGUUGAUCGGAGUGGGUAUAUUGAUGAGAAGGAGCUGCAACGAGCUCUCUCUUCUGGGUAUCAGAGGUUCAACCUCAGGACUAUUAGGUUGCUCAUGUUUCUCUUCAAGAACCCCCACGAUGCUCUUCGAAUUGGGCCUAAAGAAUUUGCAGCUCUCUGGAGUUGUCUCGGCCAAUGGCGGGCCAUAUAUGAUAGAUACGAUAGGGACAGGAGUGGAAAGAUUGAUCUGUUCGAACUGAGGGAUGCUCUUUACGGACUUGGAUAUGCAGUCCCACCUUCCGUUCUUCAGAUACUCAUGUCCAAGUAUGAUGAUGGAAGUGGCAGAAAGAUCGAACUUGGCUUCGAUAGUUUUGUCGAAUGUGGACUGAUUUUGAAGGGAUUAACAGAGAAAUUCAAGGAGAAGGACAAGCGAUACGUAGGCCAAGCGACGUUCAACUAUGACGAGUUCAUGUCCACUGUCCUUCCCUUCCUGGUGGCAUAUGAUUGAUCCUGAAACCCUCCAACGACGAGUCGCCAGCCCAUUGCGGAAUUCAAUUUGUUUGUUUGUUCAUUUGUUUCUUCAUGUAUAUGUAGAAUAUAGUGUGUAUGUAUAGAUUCGAUCUGUACGAGGUGGAUAUGUAAAAUUGAGAAGGAACUUAGCUAGUAUUCAAACAUUCUUCUCUGUACAUACAGCUUGGCUUGAAUAAAAUGUGAUUGAUCUU